GAGGAUGAUGAUGACUAAGAUGCCUAUCCAUUGUGUUUCAGAAAUGAUGUGCCACAGCCGACUCGGUGCCGUGUGGGUGUUACUGGCAGCCGCUGCGGCCGUGGAACUGUACGACUUUUCGCCAGAAGUCGACAGCGAGAUAAUGUACCAGGACACCAACGAUAUAGACACGGGCCCGCUACGACCCCUUCAUCCGGACGACACGGAUACGACACGACUGAAUGAAUUGCUGCUGUUCAAACUGAUCAAGUCACAUCUGCGGGGGUUACGGACGGAUCACAGAAUGCAUAAAGACGCGCCUACCGGGGACAUUCCAAUGCUUGGUGACUCCAACUCGAAUUUGGUCAAAAGAUUUUUCUCAAACGUCAGGCCGCAGCAGCGGUGGAAAUCUAAGAAAGGGAAGGUCAUAGGAUCGCAAAUGGUGUGCUACUUCAAGCUGUGUGCGUUUAGAAAUCCCGCUUAAACCGACCCUUACGACACCGAUUAUCAAUUAUUUAUAUCAGAUUUUAUGUAUGUAGCUAUCAGAAUAUUUAUAUAUCGUCAAUUUGUACCUUUCAUCGAUAUGUGAUUAAAUCAAUGAAGAUAAAUAAUAAGUGAAUAAAUCUAAAUUAUUAUACUAUACGUCCACUUUUAGGAAGUAUAUUCUUAAAUAGGUAUCUAAUGUGAAACAUGAAAUUGGUUGGCUUUGAAAAUGAAGCUAAUUACUGAUAUUCCAAAGUAGCCCCUUUAUAUUAAAGUCACCUCAUAUUAUGGACUGAUUUAACAGGGCGUUUUGAUAUGUUUUGAGUAGGUAAACACAGAGAGACACAGUGUCAACAAUUUUAUUAUAGAUGGCGCUUUCGUAGGUUUUACUUAUUUCUGUUUUAUUAUAUGGAAUUUGGCUUAAAGGGCUGGUAUCCAGGCUAUAAAAUUCCAAAAAUAAAACAUUAAUUUGACGCUAUUCGUAAAAUUAAUAGGUAAAACUGUGGCGCCGUCUGUAAAAUGAUCUUUUAUUCUAAUUAUUACUUAAUUUACUAGUCAUUUUCGUGAAAGAGAAAUAUAAUUGUAAAAAGUGAAUCUUAGAUUUUAAUGAAUGUAGAUAAAAAGAUUAGACAUAACCACUAGAUAUAAUUAAUAUUCGUUAAUGUUGUGUUUAAGUGUUAAUUUUAUUCGAUUUGUAAAGGCAAAGGAAUUGUACGUCUUGUUCGUUUAAUAAAGCUGAUGGUGAACAAGC